AUGGAGCCCUGGUGCUGGGCUGGGGCCCGUGGGCAGGGUCCUCGGGGUCCCCAUGGGCCCGGGGCCUCUCGCACCCGCACCCGCACCCGUGCCCUUCUUCUGCUGUUGCUGCUGCUGCUGCUGCUCCUGCCUCGGCGCCCCGCAGGCUGCUUGGCCGCAGGGGCAUCAUCCCCCGGGGUGCUGUCCACCUCAGUCCCGAGCGGCCCUGGAGUCUCCUGUGGGCCCGGAGCCACCUGUCCCUCAGGCGGGCUUCGCCUUCCCCGGCAAGUCGACGCUUCAGCGACCACUGUUCCAACGACACAGCCGGCUGCGGCGACACAGUCGGCGACCAGAGGGAUGGCCGGGAUCCCAAAAGGCGUGGCCAGGUGGGCUUAUGGCUCUUUUCUUCCCCCAGUCUGUGGCUCCUCCCAUGAGCCAGACCCGACCCUCAGGGACCCAGAAGCCAUGACUCGGCGGUGGCCAUGGAUGGUCAGUGUGCAGGCUAAUGGCACCCACGUCUGUGCCGGCACCCUUAUUGCUUCCCAGUGGGUGCUUACCGUGGCCCACUGCUUGACGCAGCAGCACGUUAAGUAUACGGUGAGGGUGGGGAGCCCAUGGAUUAACCAGACGACCAAAACCAGCACCGAUGUCCCAGUACAUCAGAUAAUCGUAAACAGCGACUACCAAGCCAAACGGUACUGGUCCUGGGUCGGCCGGGCCAAUGACAUCAGCCUCCUCAAACUCCAGUGGGGGCUCAAGUACAGCAAAUAUGUGUGGCCCAUCUGCCUGCCUGGCCUGGAAUAUGUAUUAGAGGACAAUUCUCUCUGCACUGUGACAGGCUGGGGAUCUCCCAAGGUGAAUGGCAGGUGGCCCCAGUUCCAAUCCCUUCAGGAGAAGGAAGUCUCCAUCUUGAACAGCCGGAAGUGUGAGCAGUUCUACCACAAGUUCUCCAGAAUCUCCUCUCUGGUUCGGAUCAUCACUUCUCAGAUGAUCUGUGCCUCGGACAGCGACAGGGAGAAGUUCUGCUACGAGCUAACUGGCGAGCCCUUGGUCUGCUCUUCUGAUGGCACAUGGUACCUGGUGGGGAUGAUGAGCUGGGGCCCAGGUUGCAAGAAGAACGAGGCCCCACCCAUCUUUCUGCGGGUCUCCUCCUACCAGUCCUGGAUCUGGAACCACCUUAGCGGGAAGGCCCUGGCCCUUCCAGCUUCCAGAACCUUGCUCCUGGCUUUUCUUCUGCUCCUCAGCCUUCUUGGCACUCUGUGA